AUCUGGCGAGUCAGUAAAUAUUCGUGAGAUUUACAACACGCUGAAAAUAUUGGCUUUUGGCAUGGCGGCGACGGCAGUAUAUCGUUGGCGUACAUAGCGUGAAUUCGCGGCACGCUUUGUUCAUUGCACACAUUCCGUUGCAUUGUCAACGCCGCUAAGGACGCUAAGGUUGCAUUGAAAACGUUAAGUGUGUGUGUAGAAAAAGUAAGCGGGCUUACGUAAGCGACACAUAAAGCGCUUUUUAAAAGGGAACUCGCGAUUUUUUCUUCUACUUCUUCUUCUCAGCUUAAGCAAAAAACGCUAUUGUUUCGGGUUCAUUGUGUCAAAUAGUAAAGAGUGCAGAAGAAAAAAGUUCAAAACAAAAAAAACAUACACAAAAAACACAAGGUGCCAAGCAAGUUAUUUUGGCCGCACAUCAAAGAGACGCCGCCGAAAAAAAUAAAAAUAAAAAACAUUGCAACAGUAGCUGAAGAAUUAUUGUUAUUGCAGAAGAACAUCCGCCGUUUCGUCAACCUGUGAAUGUAUUAGGGUGCUUUACAUUCCCCCGUCCACCUCUACAGUCGCUUGUUGCUGGCCUCAUAACGCCGCUAAUUAACUGAAAAUCGCAUGCUGAAAUAUUCAUCCUGUCUAUUUGCGUUUGAUUGUGUCAUUGUUGUUGUAUUUUUUAUCAAUUUUUCUUUAAUUUUUGUUCGUGAUACGCCACGCCACACAGCCCAUUGUUGUCUGUGCCGCGCUCGUCGCAGAUCGCCACAGACACUGUGACGCCAUUGAAUAGCGUGUUUUUGUUGCUGUUGUUAUUGUUGCCAUUAUUUAACAGCGCAUCGUUAAUUGUAACAUCCGUCGUCGGUUCGGCUGAAUCGCCGCCGCCAUGUUGGUACCGCCGGAUAUGUUGGCAGCGCAAACGCGCAUGAUUUACCAGAUGAAUCGCUAUUGUGGGGAGCGUGUACAGGCGCGUAUGUUCAAAACCGCCACGGCCAUAAGAGAGAUUUGCAAAAUCGUGCAGGAUAUCUUGAAAGAGGUGGAAUUGCAGGAGCCGCGCUUCAUCUCCAGUUUAGUGGAGUGCAAUGGCAGAUUUGAGGGCGUCCAAGUGAUCUCGCCGAAUGAAUUCGAAAUCGUCUUGUAUCUCAAUCAAAUGGGCGUCUUCAAUUUCGUCGAUGAUGGCACUCUGCCCGGCUGUGCGGUGCUCAAGCUCAGCGAUGGUCGCAAACGUUCCAUGUCGCUGUGGGUGGAAUUCAUCACGGCUUCGGGUUAUCUCUCGUCUCGUAAGAUACGCUCGCGUUUCCAAACAUUAGUGGCACAGGCGUGUGACAAGAGUAUUUACCGUGAUAUGGUGAAAGUGAUCGGCGACACGACAGAGGUUAAGCUACGCAUUCGUGAGCGUUUCGUCGUACAAAUAACGCCGGCGUUCAAAUGUUCCGGUAUUUGGCCGCGUUCGGCCGCUCACUGGCCGCUACCACAUAUACCCUGGCCACAUCCGAAUAUUGUGGCCGAAGUGAAGACGGAAGGUUUCGAUUUGCUAUCGAAAGAAUCGAUUGUUAUGCAGAAUAAGAACAACAAUGCGGCGAUGGAGGGUGAUGCGUGGGUGCUGAGUUUCUUCGAAGCAGAAAAUCGCCUGCUGCAGGGCGGUUGUCGUCGUCGCUGUUUGAGCAUUCUCAAGACAUUGCGUGAUCGUCAUCUCGAACUGCCCGGCAAUCCGAUCACCGCUUACCAUCUGAAGAAUCUACUGCUCUACGAAUGCGAGAAACAUCCGCGUGACUUUGAAUGGGACGAACCAUGCAUCGCCGAUCGCAUCAACGGUAUCUUUCUACAGUUGAUCUCGUGUCUACAGUAUCGCCGUUGUCCACACUAUUUCCUACCGACACUCGACAUGUUCAAAGGCAAAUCGCCCAGUUCGCUGGAGCAGGCGGCCAAGCAGGUUUGGUGUUUGACGCGCGAAAUGUUAACCAAUGCAAAUGCUUUCGAGAAACUCUAAAAGGCCAACAACAACAAUAAAUAUAAUGUUAUAGUUAUAGCAACAACAACAACUACAGCAUAUUAACAUUAAGUAUAGCAUUUAAGAGGCGGAGGUGAGGAAACUGCUGGAAAGUAUAGCAAGCUGCAAAAUGCUUUGUAGCAGUAUACAUGAAUGUUUAUAUGUUUGCAAGUAUUUUUCACGAUUGCAAUGCGCUGAUAACGCUGAUAGCAUUCGGUGUCAAUUGGCUGCUGUGUGAGUGUCUCUCAAUCGACGAGUAUGGCGGCUGAUCUAGAAUCAUACAGAUGCAUACACAUAUACAGUUACAGCGCAUCACAUGCAUAUGUUGCAUGUUUAUAUUGUCCCGUGUGCAUGCUGCAUGUCACAUGCAUCUAUGUUGAAGUGCUAAAAAAUUGCAUUAGAUAAAAUCUGCAACAGAAAACUACUUCAUUUGUUCAAGUUGUUGUAUUCACGGCCUUCUGGCGCAGAGCCUCCGGCAGCCGGCAAAAAGUUAGAUUCGCAACGAUAGGGACGCGUGUACACGCUCAUGUAUUUAUGUUUGUCUGUUCACAAGCAUGCAUAUGUACAUAGAUGUGCCGCCGGAGAUAACGUCAUCUAUCGAUGGGAUUAUCCUGGCGUUCGAUAUCCAUUUUUUUGCAAUUUUCGCACUCGUCUUUUAUGGCACUUCGUGUAAAAGGUGCUGUUGAGGAUUUUGUAUGGAUUUCUUUUUCGCAUAUGUGUGGAUUAAAAUAUGGAUAUACACAUAUGUAUAUAUG